AUGUCUACAAUAUGUUACAAACGCAUUUAUUCAAGGGAUAUUACCAGUGUAGCGGAAAGUUUUAAGAGUUGGGACACAUGCAUGGAUAAUAAAGUAUGCAAGAUCAUUGCCAUUGUGGGUAUAGUAUUAGCAGUAAUAGUGGGUAUUUGGAUCGUUGGUUCACUGCUUAGAUGUUUCAAAGACGGUGCAACUGGUAUAACAGAGUUUUUCUGCUGGUGCUGCGGAAGUGGCCGUAAGAGGGCAGCUCAGGAUCAGUCAAUGCGUACCCAGCAAACAGGUAAUCCACCAAUGGUCGUGUAUCAACCAAUUCAACAGCCUCAAAAUGCAUAUUAUCCAGACGAGAGCUAUUAUGACGAGCGUUAUAAUGGGAAGGUCAAGGAAAUUGAACAGGAUUUCGAUUUAGAGGCGCAAAGAAACAAAUCUUUGAAGAGAGGAGUCGACCGUACUCCGCUAGUUUACGAUGAGGAAGAGGAGCACGAGCUGAAUACCUACCAUCCUACUUUGUCCACAUAUCAACCGCAGGAUAUUCAACAACCCAAUGUGCAAAACAAUAAUAGAUUCUCUCCAGCCCCACCUUAUCAACCGUCGCAAGUACCAUACCCUCACGAUGAUGCAUCUACCAAUUGGGGGUAUCAGUAUCACCACGGUAAUUACUAA